GCCCUACAUGGUGAGCCAUGACCGAAUCGCUGAUUGCCGCGUUGCUCACAAUCGGCCAAUGCGCUAACAAUCGAGCUAUCAAGUCGGUUUGCCACACUCUCAAUUCCGAAUUGUGACUUUUCCGAAUUGUGAGUUGUGGAUACAAUCUUCCACUUUCCGAGUUUGUCAGCGAUAGCAACAACAGCGAAAGCAUGAGAGAUAGACGACCGCAGUUCGUAUUACGCGUUCGGUGCACGGCCACGGUAUUGACGCCUGACUGACAAGCAAAUCACUCUCAGUCUCCGCCACAAACGCGGAGACACGUUCCGAGGAUAAAUACCAUCAACCUUGGACCGGAAAGCAAACCAGUCGCCUUUCUCUCUCUCCUCUUACCACUCUUCUUUCUUACUAGACCUUCUCGCCUUCUUCAUCCAUAGAAUAACCACUCGCAAUGACUAUCAACGGCGCAUUCAUGUCUGUCCUCACCAAGGCCUACUACUUGCCUGGUGCAAUGGUGUUGGCGGAGUCGCUUCGCGCGGUGGGCUCGAAGUACCCCUACGUCGUCCUUGUUUCCACCGAUUUCCCUGAAGAGGGCAUCGCCGCCCUCAAGAACCGUGGCCUCACCGUUGGCUUCAUCGAGGUUCUCCAGCCCACUGAGGGCUCGCGCCCCAAAGUCGCUGGCGAUGACCUGCGCUUCUCCGACUGCUGGUCGAAACUUCGCGUCUACGGUAUGGACGAGUAUGAUCGUGUCGUCCUUCUUGAUGCCGACAUGCUCGUUCGCCGUAACAUGGACGAGUUGAUGGAGAUGGACCUCCCCGAGGGCGGCAUUGCCGCGUCGCACCCAUGCGUCUGCAACCGUCGGGACCCCAAGUUCUACCCCGCUGACUGGCUUCCUGAAAACUGCGCCUACACCCCACUUUCGCAUCCCUCCGCCCUGACCGAGGCCACUGAAAUCACCGAGGACUGCCCUCGCCCACAUACUCUCCUCAAUGGUGGUCUCAUCGUUUUCAACCCCUCAAAAGAGCUCUUCCAGGAGAUCUCGCACUACCUCUUCACUUCCCCCCUUGUGCCUACCUUCACGCGCACCGACUCCGACCUCCUCGGACACUUCUUCGAGGGCAAAUAUAAGCCGCUGCCGUGGAUGUACAACGCGCUCAAGACCCUGCGCACCAUGCACCCGGACAUGUGGCGCGACGAGGAGGUGCGGAACGUACACUACCUCCGCGCAGACAAGCCCUGGUUGGAGCGCGUCGUCAAGGGCAAGGGCGGCGAGUACGAGACGUUGAACCAGUGGUGGUGGGACACAUACGAGAACCUCGAACGCGACAUGAAGGAGAACGACCCCGAGGGCCUGGAGUAUCUUCUCACCACUGUCGCCCAUUAGAUUGAUAGAUAGCCGUGAUUGAGAGCGCUUUUACUUUUAUUUUUACCUAAGUUUACUUAUGUUUUAUUUUUGUCAUCCUCCAUCGCGUAGACACAUGUAGUCAUGGACUAAAUCUAGUGUGGCAUAAUAUCUAUUUUAUGGUAUUGUU